AUGGGCGAAAACUCUCACACCGGUAUUGAAUUUGAGCUCCAGCGCAUGAGUGUCUCCUCUUGGGUUGCAGACCUCGCUGCCGACUCUUCUCACUCCCCAGUAUUCUUCCUAGACCGAUUGAGCCCGAGCCCACCUCCGCUGUGCACAUGUGAUCCCGACCCUUGUACCUGCUCCUACCUUGGUCAACAGAAUACUACUGUUAUUGCCUCAGAAGAUGUUUACCCAUGUAUUGGCGGAUCAAUUCAUUUUGAGCAACCGGUUCACAAUGGUCGAGCCUGCCAGUGUCCAUGUCAUGGUGCAGCGAGAGAUGAUGUGGAUCACCUGCUGAGAUGCAGCGUCCUUGUCAUUUUUUCAGUCAUCGCUGAACUGCAGCACACCACACCAUAUGGUGCUCUGUCAUCUGAGGUGCAUGACCGAGUGUUGGAUGUCAUCAAGCUCACGCCCCUUGAAUACAAGGAAGCACUGCACUGGUUGCUCGAAGAGUAUUAUGUCGUCUCCCCUUUGGGUGAUGGCCGACUGCAAGUAACUCAGUGCAAUAGCUUGUGA